UAUGGGAAACUUACCUCAUUUGUAGAAUUUCCCAGCCCUACGCCAUUUAUCCCUCACGCCGUCUCCUCCUCCCUUUCAGCAAGCCAGUGUCUCGCCGUAGCUGCCUCCCUCUCGUCUACUGCUGCUGUCGCCGUCGUUUUUUACCCGAUCGUGCUGCCGCAGAUAUUGAGUGAAACGCCGUUCUUCUAUUUUCUCCUGUGGUGAGACAAAAUGGGAGAGAGGAAGGUGCUCAACAAAUACUAUCCACCGGAUUUUGAUCCAUCAAAGCUACCAAGGGUUCGUAGGCCCAAAAACCAACAAAUGAACGUCCGUAUGAUGCUUCCUAUGAGUAUCCGGUGCAAUACUUGUGGUAAUUACAUAUACAAGGGCACCAAGUUUAAUUCCCGCAAGGAGGACGUCAUUGGGGAGACAUAUUUGGGAAUCCAAUUGUUUAGAUUCUACUUCAAAUGUACUCGAUGUUCGGCUGAGCUCACCAUCAAAACAGACCCCAAAAAUUCAGAUUAUACUGUAGAAUCUGGUGCCACUCGUAAUUUUGAACCAUGGCGUGAUGAAGAUGAAGCUUCAGAGAAGGAGAAACACAAAAGGAAUGCUGAAGAGAUGGGGGACCCAAUGAAAUCCUUGGAGAAUAGAACCUUGGAUUCCAAGCGCGAAAUGGACAUCCUUGCUGCUUUGGAUGAGAUGAAAUCUAUGAAGUCCAGACAUGCAACUGUGAGUAUUGAUUCAAUGCUUAUGGCUUUGCAACAAACUGCUGCCGAAAAGGAAAAGAAGUUAGAGGAAGAGGAUGAGGCGUUGAUAAAAUCAAUUGUCUUCAAUAAAUCAAACAAUUAUGUUAGAAGAAUUUCGGACGAUGAAUUUGAUGAUAACAAUCAUUUUGUACAACAUUCGACCAACAAUGAUGAAACAUUUGACUUUCGUGCAAAGAAGCAAAAGAUUUCUGAAGAAUUUCCUCAUGACCCUACCAAUACUUCAACGAAAGCUGCUGUUCUCCAUGCCCUCACGGGUGAAGGAAGCGAUGGCAACGUUGGCACCUCUAGUGUUUCGAAGUUUGUUUCUAAAUCUUUGCCAGUUAGGGUUUCUAUUAUAAAGAAACCAGAAUUGACUGCUCGGGUGGAGAAUAAACAGAGCUUGGAAGUUCAACCCAGUGAUACGAACACUGGACUCGAGUCCUUGUGCCAAUACUAUGCCAGUGAUGAGGACUGAUAUUAUAUUACGUCGGUUUGGGCGCAUACCAUCUCCAUGAGCUUUAAUGUAUAUACUAUGUAACUUGUUCAUAAUAGCUUGCUUCGUUUUAUACGAAUUAAUAUUUUCUUGUUACGGUUUUGUUUCCUCUGAAAAACCUGUCUGAUUGGUUUCUCUCGGAUACAUUCCAUCAAUUGAAGAGAUAUUUUGUACAAUAGAACAGAGUGAUUAUUGUUAACCCUUUUAUAAUAGAUUUUUCGAACUUGUACUAAAA